AUGCGGUUCUCAGGUUUUGGUAUUGCGGCACUUGCGACUAUCGCCGACGCAGCGCCCACAUUCCACCGAAACCAGGCUCGUCAGAACGUGACGACUGCCAGUGAGCGACUUGGUCUGCAAUGGUUGGGCGGGAACAGCAGCCUUCCCAAGAUCCUCGUCCUUUACACCGGCGGUACGAUUGCUGGAGGCUCGAUUUAUGGAGCUUUGGACGACACGCAGUAUGGCCAGCUUCAGAUCACCGGCGAGCAAAUCAUCGCUCGAAAUCCGUAUCUGCUGAACCAUACUCAGCUGGCCGUCUCGAACUGGACUACCGAGGAUGAUGGCUCGACUGGAACGAACGAUGCCCUUGUUAUGAACAUGACGCGUUUCGCUCAUGAUGCGCUAUGUUCCGAGGACAGCGACAUUGACGGUGCCAUCUACACGCACGGUACAAACUCGCUCGAAGAGACCGGCUUUCUCAUGGACCUCCUCGUCAACUGCGGCAAGCCCAUCGUUGCCGUCGGCGCCAUGAGACCUUGGACUCACCUGAGCUUCGAUGGUGAUGCGAAUUUCUUCGAUGGCGUGAUGUUGGCCGCCAAUCCUGAGUCGCGGAAUCGCGGUCUUAUGGUGGCUUUCAAUGCCCGCAUCAUUCCAGGAUUCUGGAUCACGAAGCUGCAUUCUACGAAUCCGAAUGCGUUUGGCGCGACAGCAGGAGGUGAUCUAGGACUCUUCAUCAACAGUUUGCCCGUCUUCUUCAAUACCCCUUCCCAACCCAUCUUCAAGCAUGAGUUCUCUAUCGAAGAAGUCUCCAGCGAUCCAUCGUACCCUGCUCUCCCAAAAGUCGACAUUCUCUAUGCCGCCCGCGAAUUCGACGGCAAGCUCGUGCUCGAUGCGCAAGCCAACGGCGCCCAAGGCGUUGUUAUCGCUGGUACUGGCAAUGGUGGCAUUCCCAGCGGCGAUGAUGAGAUUGAAGAAGCCCUGGAAAAAGGCUUGCAGAUUGUCGUUGGAACGAGAAGUCCUUUUGGACCUAGCAGUCCCGCUAGAACGCCAACGUACGCUAAGUCGGGCCUUGUACACGUUAUCCAGGCAAGGAUCAUGCUGCAAUUGGCCAUCGCGAGUGGGUACAACAUGAAUCAGACCAUUGAGCUGUUCGAGGGGAAGUUCAGGGAAGAUAUUGGGCAGUCCUGGAGUCCAGGUAGCUGA